AUUUGCAAAACCGGAAUAAUAACUUCGCACAUGAAAUAAGUAUUCUUCAAAUGUUGUUUAACUGUUAAAUUUUUAAUUUUUGAAUAAUACUUCAUACAAAUAGUGAAAUAGUUUUAGAAAUUUCGUACACACACUUUUGGGAAUUAUGGGUUUGUGAUUUGUGAUUGUUCUUGUGUCGUAAAGUCUUCUGUCACCUGUUUUAAAUCAUUUAGUUGAUAUCAACUGGUAACAAUUAUGUCGCGAGUACUAACACGAUGUAGGGGCGAAAUUAGUCGUCGACAUACUGUGAGUGCUAUUAGCUCGAAUUCGAACUUUCAACAUCGUUCGAUUAUUGGAGCCGGACCUAAACCGGGAUAUAUUGUUUUACUUCCGGAAAUGCCUCCUGAUGAUCCAGAAACAAAUGCUUUGGUUGAUGUGAAGAAAAACCCUCAAUUUGAAACGCUGACAAAAAAUAAUUACGUAAAUGCUGUGGGUAAAUUAGCGUUAGAGAUGGAGUCUCGUAUUUGGACUAUUGAAGAUAAGCUUAAAGAUGCACAAUACCCGAGGACUUAUGAAAAUGUAUUGGAACCUUUAGAAACAACCUCUGCGACAUUCGACUACGUUUGGGGAGUGUUAAAAACACUUAAUCUUGUUAAAAAUGAUUAUUUCCCAAGUGAAGGUUACAAUCGUAUUCAUGAUAGAGCAAGACAAGCCAGGAGCAAAAAAUAUACCAGUCUUCCAAUUUAUUUUGCUUGCAAGGAAAUGAAAGUCGACUCUCAAAAGCUGAAUGAGCCACAGCAAAGAGUGUUGGACAAGUUUUUACUGGAAGGCAGUCUAUCCGGAGUUGAAUUGACUGGAAAUGCUGCAGUUCAUUUGGGCCAAGUACUUCAAAAACUCACUGAAGAAAGAACAAAAUUCAGGCGCAAUGUCGAUGAAUCUACGAACGGGUUUAAACAUUUGAUUGUAGAACCCAAAUAUGUUGGGGAUAUGCCGACUCACUUGCUGAAACAUUUAGCAAAAGACAAAUCACAACCAAACAAGGCCCCGUGGAUUGUUAGACUAUCGUCACCAACAUAUAAAGCGUUUAUGGAAUAUUGUCCUGAACCAGGGAUCCGGUGGAAUGCAUGGAACGCGUAUAAUACAAGAGCAUCAGGAUAUUCGGAUAAAAGUAUAAACAAUAGUAUACACAUUGAGGAAAUUCGCUCAAAGAGACAAGAACAAGCUCAGCUACUGGGAUUUGAAAACUAUGUCGAUUUGUCGAUGCAGACAAAGAUGGCAGGCACUGAAGAUAACGUGCAAACGAUGAUAUCUACAUUAUUUUCUCAUGCCCAGCCAAAACAAGUCGAAGAAUUUGAAGAACUCAAAAGUUUUGCUGGAUCAAGAGGAUUUGAAGGGAUUUUACGCCCGUGGGAUCUCGACUUUUGGAGACGACGACAAAGAUCUGCUCUAUUCAAUGUGGACGACGAUGCUGUUAGUGAAUUCUUUCCAUUUCCUGAAGUUUGGAAAAACUUGUGUGCUUUUGCAGAGGAUAUCUUUAGUAUUCAAACUAAACGAGCAGACAUUCAAGUUUGGAAUGAGGACGUAGCAUAUUAUGAAAUAUUUGAUAAGAAAAGCAAUCUAAAAUUAGGAGGAUUUUACUUGGACCCUUAUUCCAGACCUAAGCAGAAAUUGAGCAAAGGUUCAUGGAUGCUAGGAAAUAAAACGUUAUGUGGAGUUCCUGAGAUGAGUCCUUUGGCAACUCUUGUUUUCAAUUUCCUCCCACCAAUGUACGGCAAACCCUCCUUGUUGAGCUUUGACGAUAUGAACGCUCUUUUCGGAAAGUUCGGCCAAGUUUUACAACAUUUGCUAACGACUGUUCCAUAUCAUGAAGUUUCUGGAACUAAUAAUAUUGAAUGGGACGCAAUUUUUGUGGCACAAAAGUUUAUGACCAUGUGGUUGGGCAACAAAGCCGUCGUAAAAGAAAUGAGCUGUCAUUAUGAGAACGGAUCGAAACUUUCGGAUGAUAUCAUUCAAAAUGUUUUACGUUCCAGGAAACACAUGGCUGCUACAGACUUGUGUCACGAACUGUACCUUUCUGCUUUGGACAUUGAUCUUUAUAAAAAAAAAGAGUUUUGGAUGGAUAUUAUGAAGAAUCUAUGGCCAGUUUACCAUGCUCCGUUACAGCUUGACAAAAGAGACUCGCACGUAUGCACAAUGGUUGAUAUCUUCAGUGGCGACUUUGCUGCGGCUUACUACUGUAAAUUGUGGUCGCAAAUGCUGGCUGCAGAUGCGUAUCAACAAUUCGUUGAAAAGGGACAGGGAAGGGAUGCAUGGAGAAAUCACGGCCAAAGGUUCAGGGAGAGUUUCUUUGCUAUGGGAGGCGGCUAUCAUCCGAAUAAAAUUUUCAGACAAUUCCGUGGGAGAGAUCCAUCCUUAACACCGAUAUUGUGGACUUUGGGCUUAAAACCAAUGACAAUUGUUGAAGUAGAUCCAGUGUCAAAGCCUGAGGAGGCCACACAACCACCAGAAGUGGUCAAAGUGACAAACUAGUCGUCCCAUGUAUUAAUUUUAACAAUUUUGUAGCUCUAUUUAUACGUAGUAUUUUCCAUAAUUUAAAUAUUAUUUUAAAUUCUGCAAAUUAAUGUAAUAUCGAAUGUUAUAUAUUUAAAUUAAGGAAGGCUUCCUUCAUACAAAUGAGAUACGAAAUCAAAGACAGAAAAAUACUUCUUUUCUUAUUUAUUAA